CCCAUUUCGUCUGCGCGUGGACUCCGGUGUCAGUAAACAUGACUGCAGUGGGUUUCUGUGGGGACUGGUUCGUCCUGAGCUGCGAGAAGAAACUCGUGGCGCUCCACCGAAAGAAGAGCAGAGAGCCGUUUGUGUUCGACUGCAGCUGCGCCGAGAAGACUCCGAAAGGGUUAAAGAAGGACGCCGGCAGCGAUGGCGGUCCCUCAGAGGAGACAGGAAGUGACACAGUCCUCGCCUUUGCAGUGUCUCCGUCAGGAAAACUGGCGGCGUUAACGGACGACUCCAAACGGCUGGUUCUGUUUGAGUGCGAGCCUUCGUGGCGCUGCAUCAGCAUCAGGUGGGUGGUCAGGAGGUGCACGUCUCUGACGUUCAGCCCAGCCGAAGAUGAGCUGCUGGCGGCCGAUAAGUCUGGAGACCUGUACUCCUUCUCGGUGGUGGACCCUCAGAGGGAGGGGGGGCUGCAGAUGGGCCACCUGUCGAUGCUGCUCGCUGCGGCCGUGUCACCAGAUGACAGGUUCAUCCUCACAGCUGACGUGGAUGAGAAGAUCAGGGUGAGCCAUCACAGGUCUCCGUACAACAUCCAGUCCUUCUGCCUGGGACAUCAGCAGUUCGUCAGCGCUCUGCAGAUCCCCCCCACCCAUCCACACUGGCUGCUGUCCGGAUCAGGGGAUGGAACCGUGAAGCUGUGGGACUACGAGUCCGGCCAGUGUCUGCAGAGCUGUGACCUCAGAGCGCUGGAAGAGGUCCCCGGUUCUGAUCCCGACAAAGACAAGAACCUGGCCGUGUGUCGGCUCACGAGCUCCCCUGAUGGUUGUCAUGUAGCUGUGCUGUGUGAAAGUGUGUCCACAGUUCAUUUUUUCACUCUGGGCCGUGAGAAGAGGCUGGUCCCUCACAGCCGGCUCCACCUGCCCACCCGUCCCCUGGAUAUAAACUUUGAUGAUGACGGACGGCUCUGGGUUCUGCUGGACUCCGGUGACAUCCCGUUGAAAAUGUACGCGCUGAGGCAGAACUCCUGGGAGCAUGAAGCUGACCAUCUGGAAGUCACCAGAGUGACUGAAGCCCUGCGGCCUCACUGGAGCACCAUGAACGCGUCCACCAGAGCCACCGACCGCUUCGAGCACCUGUACAAGGUGAGCUUCGACAACGUGUCGCUGUACCUGCAGAAGAAGCAGCAGAGACUCGACGAGCAGCAGAAAAGAACCAAAGCUCAAAAACCAUCUGGCAACAAGAGACCAAAGACGGGGACGUCCAGAGCUGAGGUCCAGACGUCGUCCUGAGUGGACGCCACACUUUGAGUUGUUCAAAAGACUUGGGUUUAUCUAAAGUUCUGGUUUGUAUUUUAUUAUUUAAAGUCGUUGAGUUGAAGAUUAAACUGAUUUUCUUUACUCG